AUCCUAUCAGACCUUUUAGUUUUUUUGCCUGUCUCUGAAACGGACCAUUUGACAAUGCUGUGUGAAAAGUUUAUAUCCGCUCUUGAAAAAUGUGAUAAGUGCUCAAACUACACGACAUUGUGUCGAGUUUUUGAUACUGAAGUGUCACUGGAGUUCAAUCACUUACUGAAAUCACCCCUUCUUUGUCCUGUGCGAGAUGAUGUUAUUCCGGACAUGUGCAGUCCACAAGUGGCCGAAAUGCGUGAGGUUCUCAGUGACCCUAACAGUGAAUUUGUAGCCUCUGAUGAUGUAUGGUUUUUCCUAUUCAGGAGCGCGGCUAGCAUCAUUGAUUGUAAGCUCCGAAAACGUAGGCGAUUAUCCAUGAGUGAAAGUGUAAAUGAAACCAAAGACUGCUACGAUAAAUCUUUGACUGAUAUUAUCGUAAACACUUUCGUGUUCUUUUGCAAUCGUGGAUUGCCUGAUCUACAGCACAUGACCCUUCGAUGGACCUUUCUUAAGAAAGAAAAGCAACAAUUUGAAGUUGGAGAUACCUAUCUCAACGCUAAUGCAUCAGAACGACGGAAGUUUCUUAUGAAUAGCGUGCUAUCUAUUUUUUCUGAGCGUGCACACAAACAUUUCUUUUCAGCUAUAUGGAUGCGCUGCAUUGAGUAUGCUGAUGAAACGUCGCUUCACAUUCAUCUUCUUCAUCGUCUUGCUCCUGUGAUAUUGCCAAGCCUAAACAACCCACUUAUACUUGCUGACUAUUUAAGCUCUUGCUUUAGCAGUGGGGGUUUGAUAUCAGUCAUGGCACUUCAGGGUCUUUUUGUGCUCAUGUUGGAUCACGGGUUGGAGUAUCCACAGUUUUAUGAACAGUUAUAUAGUCUGAUUACAUCAGAUGCGUUUGCCUCUCGUCAUCGUUAUCAAAUGUUUCAACUUCUUUAUUUAUCCAUGACGUCUGUAAGAGUGCCAUCUUACAUCGCGGCAAGUUUUAUUAAAAAAAUCUUACGCAUUUCGUUGGUAGCUCCUGCACCGGUAUUGUCCUUUGUGCUCCCAUUCACACGAAAAGUACUCCAGAUUCAUCCUAAUUGUUUAGCUCUUAUCCAUAGAACUUCCAAAGAAGCAGUCUUACCGGAGGAAGGAAAUGAAUUAUCCAAAGAUGUUUUGAAGGGUCAGAGUGGCCAGUUGGUAUCUCCAACAUCCACAAAAUGUCUAGGAGAGAGUGAAGAUAACCACAAAGUAUCUACUGCGCUUUCUAGCAAGCAAGAUGCCUUACGCCAGACUGCGCUACUGUUCGAAGGUAAGGAUCCUUUCGACCUUGAGGCCCCUUUACCAUCUUCCAACGCGCUCAACUCUACUUUGUGGGAGCUGACGGCGCUUGAGCGUCAUUACUUACCUGUCGUGCCGCUGAUGAUUUCUGCAUUUGGAAGCAGUGCAGAGGACCAAACGCCACUUAGAUAUGAAAAGACAUAUGCCCGUUUAUUUACUGCAGAGGUAACACGACCGUUUAGUAAGGAUCACCUUCCCACGGUUGCAUAUCAUGAGCCACAAAUGAAUCCGUUGGGCGAUUUAAUAACACUGUAA